AUGGGUGAGAGCACUCUACAGGAUCAGGAUACCGAGCAGACCCCGUUGUUGCCAGACUCGGAAAGACCUCAGCAAAGCGAGCCAACUGCUGCAAAAAAGGCUGCAAGAUGGGUUGCCCAGAACGCGGUUACGGUGUUUAUGAGCACCUUGAUAUUGACUCUCAUUCUGGGUCUCUGCCUCUUCUUUGGAUUACACGCCCCCAGCAAAACAUUGAAUGCUAAAGUAUGCUUGACUCCUGCUUGCGUUCAUGCAUCUUCCGAAAUCCUCUACAAUCUCUCACCCGAAUACAAGAACAUUGAUCCGUGUACCAACUUCGAGGAGCUUGUUUGCGGAGGAUGGGACGAGCGCCACGACCUUCGUCCUGACCAAGGUGAUGCUUUUACGGGUACAAUAAUGGUCGAGGCCUCUCAAAUGCUGCUGCGGCAUAUACUCGAGGCUCCGUACCCAGAUGGCUCAAAGCAUUCGAGCUUCUCUCCAGCCCAGCUUCUAGCUCCCCUCUCCUCCGUUGACGAGCAAAACUUUGAUAAAUUGCGAGAUGCAUACGAUGCCUGCAUGGAUGAAGAUACCAUAAAGAAGGAUGGCCUGAAGCCGCUCAUGGAGCUUCUUCACCAAGUUGUGGAUUUGUUUCCGGUCACUGAAUCGAAUCUUGGCAAGCCAAUCACAUCCGCUGACAGCAAAUCUUUAUCAGAGACCCUGUAUCUGCUAUUAGAAUAUGAGAUCUCUGCACUUGUAUCAGUUGGAGCUGGUGCCGAUGACAAAGAUCCCGAUACUGUUGUUGUUCAAGCAUCCCAACCUUACCGCAUUGGUCUCCCUGCGAAGGACUACUACGAAGAUAAGGCCGUUGUAAAGACAUAUCAGGAUAUGCUUGAGGAGACAAUUGAGUUGAUCCACCCCGCAAAUGCCGCUGCACACGGUACUUGGAUGAAAUCCACCGGACUUAGAAACACUGCGACGGGAGACAGCAAACACUAUGCCAAGGAAGUGGUUGAAUUCGAGAAGAAAUUAUCAGCUGCAACUCCUGAUGCAGCGGAUCAGAACGACGUUACCAAAUACUACAAUCCAAUGUCUCUUGAAGAUGCAGACAAGCUUACUCCUCAAAUACACCUCGCAAAUAUUAUUAAUAGUCUGUCACCUUCAAAUGUCAAGACAGAGCGUCUCAUCGUUAUGUCCCCUAGCUACAUGAGCAACCUUACAGACAUCGUAUCAAGCACACCUAAGGAUGUCUUACAAACUUACCUCCUAUGGAAGACAGUUCAGAAAUAUGCUUCGGUGAUAGAGGCAGAUGAACUCAAGCCUUACAGCAGGUUUAUGAACAAGCUUCAAGGAAAGGAUCCCGAAUCCACCCCUGAACGCUGGAGGACUUGUGUAAACCACGUAGAUGGAGGCCUCGGUUGGAUUUUGAGUCGCUUCUUUGUUGAGAAAGCAUUUUCAGAGAAAGCCAAAAUCUUUGGAGAUCAGAUCGUGUCUGACAUCAAGGAAAUGUUCAUUGAGAAGUUAAAGGCUACCAAGUGGAUGGAUGAGAGUGUUAUUGAAUUGGCCAUCGAGAAGGUUCAUAAGAUCGUACAAAAAAUUGGGUAUCCAACCAAGAGCCCGAAUAUAAUGGACCCAUCGAGCCUUCAUGAUUAUUAUCAAUCGGUUAAUAUCACGCCGUCUACAUUUUUCAAAAAUUCGCUUUCAAUGAGCAAGUUUGAUGUCGCAAAAGAGUGGUCAAGCCUCGGCAAGCCCGUAGACCGAGACGAAUGGGGAAUGACAGUCCCUACAGUCAAUGCCUACUAUAAUCCACCUGGCAAUGAAAUUGUAUUUCCAGCUGGAAUCAUGCAAUUCCCAGUCUUUGAUGUUGAAGUACCGCAAUACCUCAGCUACGGUGCAUUUGGUUCGGUAUCUGGCCAUGAGCUAUCCCACGCCUUCGACUCAACUGGUCGCCAUUACGAUCAGAAUGGCAACUACACGGACUGGUGGACAAACAGUACCGUUGAAGGCUUCACUGAACGCGCUGAGUGCUUCGUAGAUCAAUACGCCAAGUACACGGUGCCAGGACCGGACGAGAAGCCUAUUCACAUCAAUGGGAAACUCACUCUAGGCGAGAAUAUAGCAGAUGCUGGCGGAGUUUCCGCAGCGUUUGCAGCGUGGAAGAAACGCACAGCCGAAACCCCCAAUGAGGAUCUUCCUGGAUUGGAUCACUUCAGCCAAGAUCAACUUUUCUUUGUCAGUUAUGCGAAUUGGUGGUGCGGCAAGAGCAGGAAAGAGACGGCUAUUAACCGCAUUUAUACGGAUCCGCAUGCACCGAAGUGGGCAAGGAUUCUGGGUACAAUGGCCAAUUCGAGGGAUUUUGCGGAGAGCUUUCAGUGUAAGAAGAAAGAGCCUACUUGCGAGCUUUGGUGA